CGCAUAUUUCGAUCGGUUUUUGAUGUCCUAUUUUUGCUUGCCUGUUGUUAUUCCAUGUUAUGAAGUUGUGCCUACGUAACUUGCAUCAGGAAGGAGAGUUUUCGAGUUGAGAGUGUCCUUCACAAACAUUGCUAAAUGCUCAGAUGAACACAAGAAACUCAAAGAUGACACAGCCAAACGCUUUGCUAUCGUUUUCCUAGUUGUCUUCUGCUCCUUCGCUUCGUCCUCCCCGCCGCGGCUCUGCACCUCGGAACUGGCACCCUCAUCAUCAUGGACCAAGCCGCCAAGGCGUUGAAGGAGGCCUCGGAGGAGGCGCAGAAGGCCGCAACGCGGAACAAGAUUCCCUACCAAAAACUACUCUUCGCCUGGACGCUGACCUACGACGACGACAAACAGCUCCGCGACCGGGUUCCGCCGCCUUCCACGACCGCCACGCGGAUUUUCGCCUGCAUUCAGGUUGCGUUGCUGCUCGCGCAGUCGCCCAUUCUGGAUGUGGGCCGCAUGAGCCGGUUCUUCAAGUCCAUCGACGCGCUGGGGCGGGCCUCCGGCGCCCUGCAAGACGUCCUGUAUGUGCGGUACCGGCUGGAGGUGUCCGCCGGCGACGUCGCGAAGGCCGGCGUCGACCGCGUUUUGCAGCAGGACGUUUUCCGCGGCGUGUUUCCCCAGGUCGGCAAACUGGACCCGGAGAAGGAAAUCUGGAAGUCCUACACGAGCAAAAACUGGGUAGAGCACAGUGUGGAGCUCGAGAAACCGUCGGACAUUCUGACGAUGGACGAAAUCCGGCAAUCGGGAAUCGACGUGAACUGGGUGAUUCAGAUCUUCAGCGCGCCCUGGGACUUGGUACACACGACGCUGAUGGCGCCGCUGCACACCGGGUACGUGACGAUAAAGGCGGAAGAGAACAGCACGUCGGGGCAGCUGAUGGAAAUCGCGAUGAAGGCGUUCGAGAAGCACGAGGAGAACAGCGGCGCGAAACAGAUCAGCGAGGAGUUCCUGGAGGCGAUCACGCAGCUCAACGUGGACAAGCACGACCUGCUGCUGCAGGGGAUGGGCCUGAAGAUCGCCCGCAAGUUGCAGCUCGUGCGGUGUUUCGACGUGGGCUGCCAUAAAAUGCGGAACAAGCUUCUACCGAAAGAGUGGGGCGAGGUGGAACUGGGGUUAACGGAGAGUCUGGAGAGCGGCGGGUUGUUCUCUUACUACCACCAUUUGGAGACGAAAGAGGUCAGCUGGGAAGCCCCGAACGUGAUGGAGCUGAAUCCACUGUGGCGCGACCCGGGCAUCGAGAUUGGCGAGACGCCGGAAACGGGACGGCCGUAUUUCAAGCCGAAGGACACAAACGAGGUGUCCUACGACGCGCCCUUCUCGCUGGAUUUGGUGAUCGCAGCGAUUUACGCAACGGUGCUGAAAUUGUACUCCACAUACUACAUUACAACGUUCUUCGCGAUCAUAUCAGACGAGCCAAGCACCAUCAUGCAGGAAGAGGCAACCGGCGUUGCGUGCGGAAGCAGGACGGUGCUGUGGUACUUGAAGUGCGUAGGGGAGUGCUGGGAUUCCGUGAUUUUUGAUCCCUCGCACCAGGACGGGACGGGGCUAGAGAAGAAGUUUCCGAAAACCCACUACCACCAGCGGGGUGCGGGCUUUAUGGGCUUCGCGCAGCGCCGUGACGCGGAGGAAUACCUGCACUUGCUCUACCAAUGGGACAGAGAGCACGCCAAAGACCCAGAUUCGACCAAACUGACCUCAGACUACGCGAAAGGCAGCUGGAAGGUAGUUUUUUAUGUUUGAGAACAAAAGUUUAGAACACUGUAUCUUCUUGUAGUAGUCCUUUCGUUGCACGACCUCGCGCAACAGAUGCAAAAAUCUUCUCACUUUGAACCUCUCCGGUCAUUUUUCCUCAGGUCUGGAUUUUCUACCUCCACGAGCCCACGACCGCGCGCGCGAUGUUUGACAGCGGGCACUUGAUCCUUGGGAAGGACAUGCCGGCGGCGUUGGACUGGGUGACGAAGUACAAAAAGAAGGGGAAGAAAAUGACCGUUUCGCACUGGGAAAACAAGUACACGAAGGAGAUCAGCAAGACCAAGCCCAUGCAGAGCCGCAUCCCAAUGGUCCGGGAAAACUGGUACAUCGAGGAGGACAACAAGGGCCGGAAGAGGUGGCGCAACAAGAUCACCCGCGAAAUCAGCCUGAAGAAACCGAAGGGGCCCGACGCCAAUCGCGACGUGUGGACGGAAAAGAUGAACAACCGGACGGGGAAAAAAUCGUGGACGAAUCCGUACACGAAGCAGACGGUGUACAAGAAUCCGCUGAAAACAAAGUCCUACAACCCCAUGUACCGCAGUUACGACGUCUACGAGCAGCUGAGCGACUCGGAAUCGGAAGAGGCAAUUUACGUGCGGACCGCCGGCGGAAGUCUCAUGAAGGUGGAGGGAACCGGCCGGCACAACCACUGA